GUGGCAUUGCGCAAGCGCAGAAUCGUUACUGUUUCCUGACACUCCGACGAAUUUCACACCGACACAAACUUUAAACCUUUUUAUUAAUUGCGCAGUUUUAGGUGAUUUUACUGCUUCAUCAUGGGACUGACCAUCUCGUCGCUGUUCAGCAGGCUGUUCGGAAAGAAACAGAUGAGAAUUCUCAUGGUGGGACUGGAUGCUGCGGGUAAAACCACUAUAUUGUACAAACUGAAACUUGGAGAAAUUGUGACCACCAUUCCUACCAUAGGUUUUAAUGUAGAGACCGUUGAAUACAAGAACAUCUGCUUCACCGUGUGGGAUGUUGGUGGCCAGGACAAGAUCCGUCCUCUCUGGAGACACUAUUUUCAGAACACUCAGGGUUUGAUCUUUGUGGUGGACAGUAAUGACAGAGAGAGAGUGGCAGAGUCUGCAGAGGAGCUUGCUAAAAUGUUACAGGAAGAUGAACUGAGGGACGCCGUGUUGCUGGUUUUCGCUAACAAACAGGAUCUGCCUAACGCCAUGGCAGUCAGUGAGCUCACAGACAAGCUGGGUCUGCAGAGUCUACGCAGCAGAAUGUGGUAUGUUCAAGCAACUUGUGCUACACAAGGCACUGGACUCUAUGAAGGACUGGACUGGUUAUCAAACGAGCUCUCCAAACACUAGUGCGCCUGUUGACGGGAGAAACGCUGUGUUUGAACCAAUGGGAAGGCUAGAGACUCCUCAUAGCAUUUUUAAGUGUAUAACACAACUGGAAGCUGGGAAGGAACCAUCAAACCCUCAGCACCUGUCUUAGCUUUCCUUUUUUUUUUUUUUUUUAACAGUGCAUUGUUAUGCCCAAGUUAAUCUUUGUUUUUCCAUUUGAAAAGUGCAACUUCUUUUGUUUAUAAGGACCUUUCUUCACCACGACUCUUUCUUAGAAUGGCCUCUGGAGACCCUGAUCAGUGAACCGGGUUUCUGGUUUUGUUAUAGUAUCCUUACAGUCUGAUCAGCAUGGUUUUAAUAUCCAUUUGAGAUCUUCAGUUAAAGAUCUAGCUUACUGGAGAAACACUCAAAACUGGAUUUAUAAUGUGGAGGUCAUUCAUUGAAACAAAGUCAUGCCUACUCCAUCAGUUUGUAUAGAAAUGCAGAAUUUUAAGUUACUAAACUAAAAUGGCUUGGAGCUCCUGUGGUUCUUCUAAACUUUGUCUUUGACUGUGCAUGAAUCUUCUAGAAUUUAAUUCAGUCUGGAUCUUGUUUGAAGUUCAUCAAAAGGUUAAUGAUAAUCAUAGAAUUUUUUUUUUUCUCAGUCCAUUGAUGUUUUGUAGCAAAUGUUUAAAGGGAACACGAUGUUCAUAAGCCACAAUAAUGCAUUUAUAUCACACUCUUUGGAAGUUCUUUCCAUUCAUAAUUCAUACAUGUUUUAUAUUUGUCAUGCCAUGGGAAAAUGCUGUCGAGUUUUUGCUCGGGUGUGUUGCUUGAGCUUAUUGUUGAGACUGAAUCAGACUCCUGAAUGCUGAUUUAAUGUACUGAUGAAUUCCAUGUCUGGUCUGAAAUGGUUUGAUUUCUUAAACUGAUGUGUAACAGAUACAAUCUAUUUUACCCUAAUUAUCAUGUCAAAUCUGUUGGUGUAUUAUAAGAUAUUGUUUUAGAAUUAAACUUAAUCGUGAAUUUAUUGUGUUCAUGGUGAACACUCAUUUGCUCCUAAAGCACGUUUUGGAAAUAAGUCAUUCCUGGAGGCCUGCUCGUAAUGUGAAUUAUGUUAAAUGAAAGCAUAAUUUGGCGAAAUUGUUAUUUGAGCCACAAUACAUUUCAAUAACCAUAAACAUGAGUACAUUAUUAGAGUAUUGUGUCAGCAUUUAUUAAACAGCAAAUCAAAAUCUG